AAAUGCCGUGGAAUGGUGAAAAUUCUAAUUUCAAGACGAAGUUUAAUACUUAGGCUUUACAAUUGCAAGAAUUGGAAUGGGUUCGAAGGCGAAAAAGGACAGAAGAAGCGGCGAAGAUUUCGACGGUAAGACCUCGCCUCCGUUGUCGGUGGAGCGUUUUGUUUUGUAAUUUAUGCGCGGAGGACCUUUCUUCUUUGCUCGCCUGAAAGCGGCGAUAUUGAUUGAAUUGUGCUUGGUUUUGCCUCUGAUUAUACUUACACAGUCUCGUGUCUUACCUGUGGGAACGUCUGUGGUAUUAAUGGUCGGUUUGCGAUGUUACGAAAGCACAAUAGCUCUGUUCACAACGAAAGCUUUCGCGCUCAUUAAUUUCGUGACUGAAAUGCAUUAUAAGAAACUGAUCCUUCGUUUUCGAAGCUUUCUUGUUUUGUGAAAAGGUAUACUUAUAUCGACAGCAUUUUCAUACAUGAACGUGUGAUCCUUUCGCCUUUAAAUCCGUCCUAGAAAUUUUCGAUCGGGUCAUUAAUUUCCACGGUGUAUGAACAUGGCGAACGGUUUGCAUGUUUUGGAGCUUAUUUGUUAUCGGGUUUCAAACCAUGUGAUUUUAACCCGAGGCAAAUGUAUAAUUUAUGAGUUUUGGUUUUUGCCCGAAUUGCUGUCUGUUAGCGCUGCAUUUGUGCGAAUUAGGCGUAAUAGUGAUCUCUCCGCUGUAUAUUAUUCAAUCCACACCUUUAGAUAUUGCACGUUGUUUAUUAUUCCCGGAUUUUCAUGCGUGGAUCAAAUGUUAAUAAGCUUGAUGUGUAAGCUUAAGUUUACUUGCGUAAUUUACAGCAGGCGGCCGGUAACGGAAAUAGACUUGAUCAUUAGGCUAGUCUAUGUACCCAAGUCUGGUGUACAAAGGUUAUCUACGACCCUUGCUAACUGAAUAUAGCGUAAUUAUAUCCUUGUACACUUUAUAUGGAAAUCAACAAAGGUAGAUCUUGCGUGCCCAAUAUAUAUUUAGCAUAAAAUGAGUAGAAUUAUCUUUACUUUCGAAUCUCUGAAUUUUUUGCAUUUACUGUGUCACACACUGGCCGCACUGUUUAUAGCAGCAUGCAAGUUAUUUUUGCCAUUUGUACAUUUUCCUAGAAAUAUUUUUCUAGUUGUACAAUUACCUGUAAAGACAUGUUAUUUUUGAACAUUAUUCCCUUGAACCUUGCACUUUGUUGAGUUGGUAAAUUUGGAACCCGCUAGUGUGUUGUCUAGUUUGUGACAUUCAAGGGUCAUACUACUUCCUUUUUUAGUGUUCCUUCAGGACACACAGUCAAAAGAUCUCAAUUUACCAUGUCCUUAUUUAUUUUGUCUUUUGGUUUUUCUGUGGUCUGGAAAUUUGUAAUGAUCAGGUUAAUUUUCAUGAUCUCAGGGAUCAGUUGAGUAGGUUAGUGUAGGGUGGGUUGAUGAUGAGAACAAAUUGAGAGGGAGGGGGUACUGUGAAAGAGAUGAUCAGAUUUCAGGAUGCCAGAGGUUAUUAUCUGUGUAUGUAUGACAUAAAAAAACAAACAAGAAGUCAAGCUAGUAAAUGAAAAAAUUAUAACAAGGAAAUGGACUCUGAGUAGAAAGAACUCAUUUUAGUUUUAUUGGUCAUAUUUUGCAGAUGAAGAUGAGUUAGAUUUGGACAAAAAAGGAGGCAAGAAGACCCAGCAAGGGGAACUUAAAGGGUAUUUGUAUGUUUAGAUUAAUUAUCCUAUUUAACAUCUAGGCCAAAACAAGGAUAAUUGUUGUGCUUUACAAUUAAGGUCAUGUUCACCCUAUACUUGAUACCUUUUGCGCCGUCACAAAAACCAUACUGGAUAGGGCUUCUGUUCUUACACAAAAAUGGUUGUGACACAGCACUGCUGUAUCGCUACAAUCUCUAAAGCAGCGAGUCACUUUCACUUAUUGGCAGGGUGCAAAGAAAGUCAGUUUUACAGCCUGUCAUUCGGGCAAGCUGUAGCUGGUAUGAACUAGCCCACAAGUCAUUUCAUCUAGCCCCCAAACCCUUUUUGAUUAGCAGGAUUGAUUACAAUCCUUCUGUAAUUUAAAGUUCCCCAAAAAACAGCCCUUGCCCGUUGGGCAAGUUAAGAACAAAAAUCACUAGCCCGAUAGCAAAAUUCACUAGUCCCAGGCUAUCUGACAUGACUUUCUUUGCAUGUUGUAUUGGAUUGGUGUUCGUACAUGUACUGUACUGAACAGCUUUUUAUAGUGCCACAGAAACCAUCUGGUAUAGAGUGAAUGUAGCCUAAAUGUGACACAUAAUUCUGCCAUUUCUUGCACUUAAAUGUAACUAUAAUAAGAAAAUAUUUCAGUUUUUUUUAAAUUUUUUUCUCAAAGGUUAUUGAAUUCUAUAGCUGGAAUUGCCGAUGAACUUAAGGGUAAGUCAAAUGUUUUUAUUUGGUUUUGAGAAAGGGUGUAUUUUGUUGUAGUUGGGCUUUAAUAGUUGGAACAUCCAUGCAGUUUAAGAGAGGUGUAGAAUUAUUGUUACCACAUAUACCAUACCUUUUGUUUAAGUUUAACUUAAUUCUGUAAUUCUAUAACAGUAACUGUUGUUCUUAAUUUGAAUUAAAAUUCUAAGCCAAAUUUAAUUAAGUAAGGUCUUCUUCCUUUAACAAAGAUUUGUUCAUUUUGUAACAAGUAGCUUGCUUUUGGUACUCUUACUGACAGACAAAAUAUCAGGGAGAUUUAGCAUAGUGUUUGCGGCAAAUGGCAAACGUGAAAUUCAAGUUGAGAAAUUUUCAAAAUGGGAAAUGAACAGAUAAAAAUAGCUUAAAACAAUUCUUAUAGAUAGAUUUGGUGUGAACCUACCGAUUUUCAUGUAGUUAUAAUGAACAGUAAAUGCCAAGUAAAGGAGAAACUUUGUCACGUGGUACAAAUUCAUAUUUGCCAUUUGCCGUAAAUGCGUUGCUUAAUCUCUCUGUUAGUAAGGAAGUUGCACCGUAAAGCUUUCCAAUGAAAUAUAUUUUACUUGAAGAUUUUGUUGUGUAUUAAUAUUUGAAAAUGUUUGUGUAACCUAAUUAAGGCUAAUUGUGUUUGAGCAAUGCAGGGAAGAAUAAUAUGUCAAUAUCAUGUUUUGAAACAGGGUCAUCUCGCCCACCUUCCCCUGCCAGUUUUUCUAUUGAGGGUCGCAAACCGGCUGAGGUGAGUGAAAUCACUGAAUAAGAAGUAAAGUUUUGAAUGAAAUAUUAUGACAUUGAAUAUUAAAGUCAGAAUGGACACCAGUUUAUUUGCGUAAAUUAUUAUUAAUUUUAUUAGAAUUUUAAUUACCAAUAGACAUAUUCAUUAUUGUGAGUAUUGUGAGAAUACAAUAAAUUAUUGUGUGAAAACCUGCUCUGCCUCCUGCAAACAAUUGAGAAAAGUAGCUAAAUGGAUGUCCACAAAAUCUCAAAUUUUUCUGGUUGUGACACACAGGACCUGUAACAAAAUGCAUUAGAUUUGAUCUGCAAUAAUUUUUUCGUUGCCAGAUGCCAUUAUUGUGUAUGUGGUGGUUUAAUUCUAUUCUUGGUAUAAAUUUUAUAUCUUUCGUGUUAAACUGAUUAUUAUACAUUACCAUACCCCAAAACAAAGGGAUAUAAAAUUUAAACUAAGAAUAAAAUUGAACCACAACAUAAACACUUAACAGAUAUCAAUAUUGGUCUUAUUUCCCUGAUAGUUCAAUCUUAGGGUCUUUAACCCAUUCGCCCCUGAACCGCCCGUAACUGCCCGUGCGGAUCCAGGUCCUUUCUACCCAUUGUGACAUCAUCAGUUUUAACGGUCAAGGACAACUUUCUUCGCUAACUUGUGCAGAGUGAAGAGAUCUUUCAAACCGUACCAGAAUGAGCACAAUUCAGUCAAGGACACCAGAGAAACAAGCAGAAAACCACGUGACAUUGACCGGAAAAUCUCCAUGAAAAUCUUGUUCCAUUACCCACCUACCUUUCCUUUCACCUAAUCCUAAGAUCCUAAAAUCUUUCCUAAAAACUCUUCCCACCAAAAUGAAGCCUACUAAAUGCCCAGCAAGAGAAAAAAAAAAUGAGGCAAGAAAGCGAAAAGUAAAAGUCAAGACUGCUGUGUCACUUUUAAACCCAAAAACUAUGUCGAAAUUUUGCUUUCUGCGCAUGCCCGAACAUCGCAAGCUGAUAUUUUGCAUCUGGAUUAGAAGGCCGCGAAGUGUUCGACCUGUAAACCAGUUUGUGGUAAGUUUUAGCUCUUUAUAGCACGACAGUGACCAGAAAACCACUCGACUAGCUUCAAAAUGCGUUUUUCGGCAAAAUCUCCAGGAGCGAAUGGGUUAAUGUUUUUUUCAUUUCCACACAACUGAAAACCAAUGCUUUUGAAGUUGUAGGACAUAUAACCCAAAUUUUUCAGUAUGUUUAAAUUGAUAUUGUUCAACAGAUAUUUCGAACAGACUUGAUAAGUGCCAUGAAGCUUCCAGAUCAUCAGAAUUUGAGUCCUGAUAACUACAUCACCAUAAGUGAUCCCUGGAGACAGGAGUGGGAACGAGGAGUGCAGGUGAUGAGCUAGUUUAUUCUAUAACUCCUUGUUCCUUAUCUGUGUGAAGAGUAUUUUGCUUGUUGUCAAGCUUCUGUUAUUAGGCAUACUGUACAGGGAUGUUAAAUCUUGGGAAAGAGGGGAGUAUUCAAAUGACAUUCUGGAAAGGUCAAGUGUGAUGUUUACGGUACAUACCAGACAGCAAAUGGCUGAGAUGGUCAUGAGAUGGUCAAUGUUCAGUGCAUGCUGUUAAUUUUUUUUUACCUCUGUGUCCUGUGUCCCUGACGAAAAAAAUCCCCAAGGAUGCAAAAUAAUUUAUGGCAUGCGUCCCGUAGGGCUCAAAGAUCAAUCGAUCGACCUGAACAUGUGUAUUUGUAGAAAUAUCCUGUGUGCAUAAUUUCUGUGGCCGUUAUUAUGGCUCUUGUUUAAUGAUGCAUAUUUCUUUUAGCCUUUGUUGCGCUUUAAAAUAGAAGGACUAUAUUUUAAAUUCAGUAUACUGUACAUCGUGCUAUGAAAGUCGUGUCCGAUAGCCCAGGGCUAGUGGAUUUUACUCUCGGGCUAGUGAAUUCUGUUCUUAACUUGCCAGCCUGGCAAUUGAAUUUUUUUAAGGAAUUAUAAUCACCAAAGAAUUGUUAUCAACCCUGCUCAUCAUCGGGCUAGUUAAAAUGACUUUUGGGCUACUACAUGCUAGCUACAGCUUUCCCGAAUGGCAGGCUGUAAAACUGACUUUCUUUGCACCCUGCUGUAAUACAGAGUUUUCAAGUCUGUCUUCAGAUUAUCUGUCCGGUUACAUGAAGGCCCAAGCAUUUUCAAUUUCGCACUCAUUCUUUUUUUAAUCUGGGACUCAUGAAUUUUCUUUGCAAGAUGCGUCCCAGGACUCACCAUAAUAAUAUUAUUUGUAACAAAAUCACUGCAUGUAUCUAAUUACAGUAAAUGUAAACAUAGUGCUGUAUCUGUACUAUGUUUUUAUAAUGGGUUGGAGGUGAAGACACCACAAUUCCUCCUUUCUGGGUCCUGUCCUUCUACGGUUUGGAAUACUUCCCUAAUGUCUUUUUGUUUUUAAACCCAGGUGCCUGUAAAUCCAGAAGGUGUUUUCCAACCAUCAUUCAGGUAAGUGUUAAAAAUGUAUACAUUGAGCAGUAAGAGUUCGAUAUUAAUUUAUUGUCGAAUUCAAAGGGUACAUGUUGCACUCUUUGAUUUCAACAAUUUCAGUUAUAUUGUGGAAAAGGAAAUUGGUUUUCAAUUUAAAUUAUUUCUUUUGAUGUUCAAUGUUUUCAACUUUAUUUUUCAGACCUGUGGAGCCACUUUACAAGAGAGUAGCUACAUUUAAGUUGUAUGUAUUGCCUCUGAGUCAAUUUGGAAAAAAUAAUCCAUUGUAACUCUUCAGCUUUGUCACAUUAUAUAGUCAUGUUAGUUUGACACACAUGCUUUGUGUAUUUUUCUUUUCAGGCAAAACAAACUGCUUUCUACACCAAGUAAAACAAGAGGCAGACCUCCAGGCUCUAAAUGCCCUUAUGAUCUUGGCAGAAUGGAUGUAGAAUGGCUGACAGCAUUGAAUAGAUCUCGACAAAACAAGGGCUUAAUGGAACUUGAAGAAUCCACAUUGGAAAAGGCCAUAGCUUACAUUGAAAACAAGGUAUUUUUUGCUGCAGAAAUACAGUAUUGGCAUGCCCAGGGUUUAUCUUGGGGAACUGACCCUAUUUAGUGUAUAGACUUGCAUUAUUAAUUUGUCCAUAACUAACUCUUGGAAAGAUCAAGCCUUGAUUUGUUCUCUUUUUCCUCUCAGUGCUACGACAACAUGGGGCACGCAAUAGCCACUCAGAAAGGUCUUAGUAUAGAAUAUGAUGAGGAUGUGUGCUGUGAUGUUUGUCAGUCUGUAAGUAAUUUAUAAAUCUUUUUGUUUGCAAAAGUAUGUUACAUAAAAAGUACAUAUAUUUUAUUUUUUGCAUGCAGAGUAUUUUACUUUCAAACAUUACACAAUUUAUUUGUAGUCUGCAAAGCACAGGCAGAUCAUUGCAUUUCUUUUAGUAGCUGAUUUGUAUAGUUUUUAUUGAUCAAAUGUUAUUGACAAUUAUCUGUGUUUUCAAUAGAUGUAUGUCAGCCUUUCUAUGCCCUAACCAUAGAUAUUUGGCUGUAAUCCAUGCAAUGUUUCCACAAAUUCAGAACAUUUGAUCCAAGGAGAAUUGUUUGGAUUAUAGCCAAGCAAAAACAUCAAGAGAAUGCCAACUGCUAUUUGUUAUCUCAGCUGCUGAAUUUUAUUAUCACAGGUUGAGACUUGACUUUAAGUCAAUGGAUGUAAUGGAUUAGGAUUUAUGAAGAGAAAGAGCAUUUUGCAGCUUUUAGCACUUAAAAAUACUAAAGUGUUUUUGAACCACUUUCUAGCCUGAUAGUGAGGAAAUGAAUGAGAUGGUAUUCUGUGACUCGUGUGAUAUCUGUGUCCAUCAAGCUUGUUAUGGCAUCCAGAACAUUCCCGCUGGUAGCUGGCUCUGUCAUCCUUGUCGCAAGGGAAUCAAGAAUUGCAUCUGCAUUCUGUGCAAUCAUUCUGGUGGUGCAGUGAAAAAAACUAAGUAAGUUGUUUUAGGCUAUAGAUGAAGUUGAAGUUUCUGCAAUGGUCACCCUUGAAGUGUGGAUGCUGAUGAGAGCUGUUAUCUUUAUUCCUUUAGGAAUGGCAAGGGCUGGGUUCAUGUGAGUUGUGCUCUGUGGAUUCCAGAAGUAGGGUUUGGAAAUGUUUCUAGAAUGGAGCCAAUUACUCGGAUUGAGAAUAUUCCUGUAAGUUGAAAGAGCAAGUUUACUUAUACGUAGCUUAAUGCUGGAACCAAGAUGGCAGGUUCAGAAUAACCCCUACGUUACAUAUUAUAGUGCCACAAUAGUGCAACAAAGUGGAAAAGAAAUGUGUGUUUAGAAAAGUGUAAAGGGAACUGACACAUUGUGGGUAUAGGUGUAGACUGACUAGGCAUCCCUUUUGUUGUUAGAUGGAAUAUUUCUAGAUGUUAUGUGAUGUUAUUAGUCUCCUCAUAAUGUUUUGAAGUAUUAUACCAUAGGCAAACAGAAAAGGAACCUUCCAUGGUCAUCAAUUUAAUAUCUUGUUAUGAACAUUAAUAUUUUUUUCCAGUGUAAAGAUAAAGAAUCUCCCGGCUGGCAUAUGUGUUAAAGGAAUGUAGCAAAUUUCCUUUUUAACUGUUCAUUUUCAGGCCAGCAGAUGGAACCUAGUAUGUUUUUUGUGCCGUGAGAAGGUUGGAGCCUGUAUUCAAUGCACAGUGAGUGUUUUAUUUUGUCCUCCUAGAAAAUGGUAGUCACAGUCUACAGUGCACUAGUUUUUAUUAAUAUGUGAGGUCUAGAUUUCUGCAAAAUGGUUACACAAAAAGGUGUCAUAGUUUAAUGAUAUUAAUAAUAAGGAUAAUAAUAAUAAUAGUGAUCAUAAUAAUAAUGAUAUUAUUAUAAUUAUUAUUAGUGUUAGGGAACAAUCCCAUUUUCUUGAGGUGAUUGUAACUUUCAGAAUCACACAUCUUCACUCUCCCCUCCCACCAUCUUUCCUUUCCUCAGCGAGUUCAAGAAACAAAACCGUUGAGUUUUUGAAACCAAGGAAAAAAAAAAAGAUUGUACAUAUGUUCUGUAUUUUGUUGUUGCAUUAUUUAGGUAAAAAGUUGUGUGACUGCUUUCCAUGUGACAUGUGGUUUCAAACACGGCCUUGAGAUGAAGACUAUAUUAGAUGAUUCAGCUACAGAUGGAGUCAGGCACAUAGUAAGAAAUAAAUCACAUUUCUCUUAUGGUUUGCCAUUGAUACUCUUAGCUUGCAUAGCAGGCGCUGUUUAGUUUUUACUCUAAAUUUCUCCCUUUGCCCUUAAAAAGUGGCAACUUUAUAUUCUUGCUCUUUUGUCUAUUUAGAGUUAUUGUACAAAACACAGCUACAGAGGAAAGUCACCCACAAAGAAAACCCAGGAAGAAGGAAGUGAAAAACCCACUACAUCUGAAGAUGCAGAAAACUUACGUCAAAAGAAGUGAGUAUGACCAUGUCGUAAAAAGGCACCUUUUUUGUUUAGCAUUUUUAUUAUAAUCUGGAGUGCAAUAAGUCGUAGUGACAGUUCCGCGUCCAAUCUUUGUUUGAGUUUGUUUAUGUUAAAAAAGAAAUCACUGCAGUUAAUGGAAGUGAGUAUUUGAAUUAAUCUUUGCAGACUGAAACAGAUGGAGGAGGAGUUUUAUAAGUUUGUGAGUGUUGAAGAGAUAGCAAAAGAUCUCAAUCUUCCCAAGGAGCUAGCUACAAGAAUACACAAGUUCUGGACACUAAAGAGAAAGGUACUGUUGCUUGUAGAAAGUGUCAGAUUCAAAGCUUUUUGAUGCUUUGCAAACCACCUUCGUACCGCAGACACUUCUAUUACUGAAAAUUUACUUUAAUCAUAAAUGAGAGUUGAAAGGAUUAAUUGAAUUUUUUGUGUAAUGUUAUGUUAGGCUCAAGAUGAUGUUCCUCUUCUGCCACCUACGCUUCAGCAGCAGGAAAAGCUGUCUGGGAAGCAGGCAAGUAUAGACGGAACACUGCAAAAAACACCCUGCAUUUUUAAUAUGUAUAGGUAAUAGCAUGAUUUGUAGUGAUAUUUGGCAUAAAUACCACUAGUGAUAUUUCAAAAUUAAUGUACGUGAAAUUUGAGACAAUUUUGAAAUAUCACGAGUUGUAUUUAUGCCAAAUAUCACGUACAAAUCAUGCUAUUAUUUGUUUAUACUACUACCCCCAAAAGGUUUGUAAUUUUCACAUGUAGGUAUUUCAAAUUAAGCUGAAAUACCACUGCUCUAAGCCAAUCAAAUUGCAGAAAUUUCUCAUGUAGUAGUAUAAAAGGGGAUAUUCUUUGCGUGAAAUAAUAUUGUAUAAAAUAUUAGUGAUGAUGAUGAUGAGGUGCAUUAUACCUAACUCCUUAUACCUAUUGACUAAAGAUGAAUUUGGGGAGCCACCAGCAAGCCUGGAAGGUAACCAUGACAACCCUGUGAGUGGCACCCAUCAGGCACCAGUAAACUUAUGCAACAGGACGGGAAAGGAAAGAAGACGGCAAACCUUGUGUGACAAGCGUGACAGUAAUUUUGUUUGAAACAACUUUUUGCCAAACUCCACUUUCCUUCAAACAGAUCUUUUUGUAAAGGACCAGAAAACAUUGGCGUUAAGUGAAGAUCAUGACACAACACACAAGUAAUAGCCCUGUCACGUUUUGCUGUCCUCUUCUUCCUGUCCUCCUGUUGCGUGAACUCACUACUGUCACGCUUAGAACCUCAGUGGAGAAAUGUGCCAAUACUUACAGUGUACCAAAGGAUAUCCAGAGGGAAAGGAGGACUUGGCGCAAAAGGUGGCUAAAGCUACUACCUGCGAAAACAAUGUGAGCAAAACGAUUGACCUCAGUGAAAGAGCUGUAAAAUUACUAGAGCCCUGCAAAUGCUCAAGACCAUCCCACUUACAAUAAUUAGUGAAGGAGUCUGCUGGAAAGCGUCGUGCAGAUUUUAACCUAACCCAAAUUACAUCUAGCCACAUUUAAUGCAUGUGCCUGAAGUAUAUGAAGUGUGCACCUAAUAUGUCGUUAUAGUGGCUAAUUGAAAGAAAAGUUGAAGACUGCUGACAUCAUAGUGCACUCCACGUUAGUGUUUUAUAUUUUUUUAAAAAUGAAAUUGCAGGCUGACUCUGAUGUCUGUUGUUCAUUUCGAAGGGUGCGGUGAAUUCUUCGAGUAAUCUUCAAGCACAGCUGGAACGAAUCGUAAAACUGCGUUGUAAUCUGGAAAAGGUGGGUCAUUGCAUUAGUACUUUUUAGUUAGUAAUGGUUUCUGUUGAACAGGGUAAUCUUCAAUUACUAGCUUAGCAUAGUGAAUUAAUAGGCCUGAGCCGAGUAGUUAGAAAGGUGGAUAACACUGUUCAGUGGAUAAUUUUGUUUUCCCUAAUACAUAUCUGCUGGAUAGUAAUUUAUAAUUAUGAUGUAUAAUGCUAUCUAGCAGGACCAGACUUGUUACUAUUCCUGUGUGUUGUUGAACGUUAAUGCAGUUAAUCAAGGUAUCAGUUGUCACUCUUAACAGGACUUUAAAAACCUAAAACCACUACCACUCAUCCUUAGAGUUCUCACAGCCAAUCACAUCACAGCUCAGCUGGCAGGUGACCAGUAACAUGUUGACCUAAUUGACCAGUUGAGUCAGUAACCAUAGUUACCCUCAACUGACCGUAGACUAUGAACUUUGACUGUGAUGAGGACUGUCGCACAGGUAGUCAGAAAGUGAGUCACUGUCAAGAAUCACUGUUGAAUAGCCCAACAGCGUUUCGCCCAGACAACGCGGUGGAAAUAUUAUUAUAGAUUUUAAUUUAGGCACAGAACGUCAAAUACACAUCGGGCGAAUCGACUUAAGUCCAGGCGAAUUGCUGUUGGGUGAAUCGACUUAAGGUUUGGUACUGUUCGCAACAACAGUCCUAUUCAAGACUAUGCUCAUCCAGAGGAUCGUAUUCCACGUACCUGUUUUGAGACUAUCAUUCACUCAUCUUCCUUUUCAGCUGCGUAAUCUGUGUUAUAUGGUGACCAAGCGAGAGAAAAUGCGACGUGAACUCUACCGUGCGCGCGAGGAAGUUUUCUGGAAAGAGUACGAGGUGAUGACAGACGAAUCAUCUGACCUGGAUGAGAAGUCAGUCGAGUGGGUGCUUGCCAUUUGCAAGGACAAUUUUAGUGGUGAUGGUAGCGCGCCGGAUUUAGCGGGUGAUGGGUGUGGCAGCCUCGCGGAUUCUCUGUCCUCCCGUGUUAGUAGUACAGUUGAGUCUUCUAGUAGUACCAGCAGUUCUGGGGACUGCUCUAGCACGGAGCAGGGCGUUGGAGACGAACCUGUCAACAAAGGAAGUACGCGUGGGGCUUCCAAUGUCGUAAAAAACUCCGAAGGGGAAGAUGAAGAAUCAUUGGGAAGGAGAACUAGAAGAAGCAGCUACGCUGUUAGUCAAACUUCCAACUCUAACCAGACAACAGAUUCAAUAGCUGGUGACGAAAAAGAAUCCCAAAGCACAGAGAAUAGUGACAAUGAGCCGGCGAGCAGAAAACGAACUCGAGUUAAGUCAGAGAGCUCGUGCGAAGACAGCUUGAUAAUUCAUAAGCGUUUUCUGCGGAGCUCUGUAACUGAGGUUACAGAGGCCACACUGGAGCAGGCUAGUGAGCAUGCGCAGGUUAGGAAGGCCAGGAGGCGUACUAGUCGACAUUUAUCAUUUCCAAACAUUGGAGGGAAAACUAAUGAGGAGAGCUUUACUGAAACUGAGGCUUCUGCGGAUGGUAGCCAGAGUGUUGACGCAGCGUCAUGUGAAACAUGCUCACAGGCUCCUCGGAGUACAACGAAUAGUGAAACUGGAGGUGAAAACCAAACUUCUGAGAAACCAGAAGUGGAUGAAGAGAGCCGAAAAGAGAACAAUCCGCACAGAGAGGACAAUGUGGUCAAUUCGGAGAGGACUGAAAACAACUCAGUGAGAGUGGCUGCAAAGCGUAAGCGUUCUAAAAGCGCAACAUCAGUGGACGAUAACAUCGCAAAUAAACAAGCUCGCAUCACAGAUUUCCUGCGCCGGAAGUCAUCAAACCGAAAAGAACUAAUGCUAACUAAAUCACUUGGGUCAAGGGGAAACAAAAAGAGCUGUGAUUCUGACGAAAGUGAUGAAGGUAAAAGUGGACCCUGCCUAGAAAACCUGAAACACAGUACUUCAACGAGGUCUUUCUCUAAUGGCAGAGAGACUUCAAAUCGUUAUGUUUGUCCACAGUGUAAACUUCAACAUGAUAAACUUUCCAAGUGUGCCCCGCAGAGCCGGGAAGGGAGUCACACUGCAGAAUGCGAUGACAACUGGAAUCGCAGAGAACUUAGACUCCGCAGUUUUCAGUCACCCAAGCCUCGAACUAGAUGUUCUCAUGUUGUUUCGCCAAAACCCCACUGUUGUAGUAGUCUAAUGUCAAAGUUUUGUCACGCAACAGUUACAUAAAAUUCCUAUAUAGCUUAGGGGAAAUGUGUUAACUUUAGGGAGUUCAAGAAGCGACAUUAGGGAACUUAAGCACCAGGUGUUCUUAGUACCACGGACGCUAACCAGAAGUAUUUUUGCAGCAUGACAGCCACUGCGCAUGUCAAGAUGUUCUUGAGCUGUGGUCACGGACUUCAAAACGCGAGUUCUCAGGUUGGAAACCAGAGGUUCAAAUUCUGGGUUCUACGAAGAGUAUUCGUCAUACAAAAGUAGAAAUAAAGACAUUUUCAACUGAAUUCUUCUGUCCGCAUUCGUGAUGGAUUCACGUUGUUUUGCUUAAUUAUUUGCAUUUGGCACGCAAACCGUGUCCCUGAUCCAGUUCUGUGCGGCCAGCCAUGCCGUUUGUGAAACAAGAACCUCUGGUGCUUAAGUUCCUUAUUUUUGAGCAACGCUCGUCAAAGGGAAGUGAACCUUUUUCUCUUUUAAUAUGCCAUGAUGCUAAAAUAUUUGUAUUACUAAGUGUUUUUACUGUUAUUGAGAGGAUUUGCCAAAAUAUUUGUUCAAAAUCAUGGCUGAAAGGGAAAAAAAAAGUCCACUUCUGGUUGACAUGUGUCGCUCAAACUCCCUUUUGCCUUGUCCUGGCAUCACGAUUUUGAAGAGCAGCAA